AUGUGCGAGAAACAGAUCAUGACUCCGUGUAACUCGAUCCUCUACUGCAGCGAGGCAUGCCGUCGCAAAGACGCUGCAAAGCCAUUGUCGGCGUCCACUUUGUCACUUGACUCCACCUCACCUUCUGCUGCUCUCGACUCGUCACCUCGUCCGACCCUCCUCCACCACUCCAGUGCCCGUCCCGAGGAUCAGGCGGCCCCGUCGUCGUCGUCUUCUCGGAUACCCGUCGACAUCCACGACCACAAGUCGGAUCUUGACCCCACCGAAUGGAAGCCAAAAUUACCACACCGUGGGGCUUCAACCAGUUCCGAGGCCUUUCGCUACCUGAGUCGCUUCCAUCAGGCCCAGGCCGGCAAUAUUGACCAUCUGGAUCAUGGCAAACGCGAUCGUGCGCCGGCCACGUUGCGGCACAAGAGUACACUGAGCAUGUCGACCUUGACACCCGGCACCACGACUCCGAGUCUGGCCAACACGCCAACCACCACUGCCUCUAGCGUCGACAGUAUGUACGAGUUCAACCUGCGUCCGCUGGCCCCGCGCACCAAUCCGCUGUACAGCACCAGUGCCGGACACUCGCGCGGCAUUGACCUGGUCACACCGCACAUUCCACCGCCCGCCGUGCCUGUGGAUGUUGUUAUGGUGGCGGGUUCGGCAGGGACUCAGGCUGGGAACGACCUUUGGGAUAAAAAGGUGGUUGUGCCUGGCGCGACUCCAAAGGGUGAGGGGUUAGGUGUUUUGUUCGGGAGAGAUGGCUAG